GAGCUGGUUGGCAAAGGUGGCCAGGGGAUUGGAGGGAACGAUUAGUUUGUCCUGAUCAGUUUCGUAUAAAUGGGGCUGGUCCGGACUCCGAAAAGCAGAUUCAUCUGGAGCUUCAUCUCUUCAACGUGUCUACCGUUUAACCAUGCAAUUAAUAAUUGUGGCUUGUGCUCUCUUGGGCGUGGCUCUCGGCCAAUACGGUGCAUACCCAGGUUACGCCGGUUGGGGAGGAUACAACAGGGCUUACCCCGGAUACGCUGGAUACAAUGGAUACCAAGGAUACGCUGGAUACCCAGGAUACGCCGGAUACCCAGGAUACGCCGGAUACACAGGAUACCCCGGAUACCGUGGCUACCCACAACUCGUUACUCCAGUCAAACCCGCUGAACCCAAAGACAAAGAUGUACCCGCGGUCAUCAAGGCUGUCGAAGCACCAGUCGUUGCUCCAGUACUCCCAGUUCUCGAACCCGGCGUAGUCCCUCCCGGAGUCUAUGGAGGCCCAGGAAUUGCGAUCCGUAGCCAAGUCCAACAAGACAGUGCUCCCGAUGGCUCCUACAGCUUCGCCUACGAAACUGAGAAUGGUAUCUCACACGCCGAGAGUGGUGGUUCCAGAAUCGGACCAGAAGGCCCCGAAGAGGUCAAAGUUGGACAGUACUCUUACACCGCUCCCGAUGGAACUCCAAUCCUGGUACGAUACACCGCCGACAAGAACGGUUUCCACCCCGAAGGAUACAACUUCGCACGACUUGGAUACGGAUACGGGCGUGUUCUUCCCAACGGUCUUCCAGUUCCAGUCCCAGUAGCAGCAGCUAUCGCUAAGCGCGAGGACAAACCUGAGGAAUCUGAGAAGAAGGAAGAAUAGAGACAUUUCGUACAAUUAUUAAUAGCUAAAAUCACCGUGAUAUAUAUUCACCGGGCUUAAAGCUGGUUGAAUAUAUUUCACAUACAGACCAAGGCGUUUUAAUUCAUGUCGAGCAAUGCGGUUAACCUGUGAUUAAUGUCUGAUAUGCAGUUGACGAUGAAAAAAUAACGAAAAACGAAAAAAAAUUUAUAUAUAUGUAUUUGCAAAAUAUAACAUUAUCUGUAAAAAUUUA